AUGUCUGACGAAGAAUUCUUUUCAGAAGAAUCGUAUGAAUUCGAAUUUGAAGAAGAUGACGAAGAAGGGAACGAUGAAGAACAAGAAGUGAAUGGAUCGGAUAUAGAACCUGAUGAAGAAGAUUUGGGAAUAGAGAAUAGGUAUUAUACAGCAAAGGGGAGGAAAGAUGAUGAGCCAGAUGCAGCGAUAAAUGACUUCACCAAAAUUAUUGAAAAUACAACGAAAGAUAGUAACGAAAAUAUUGAAUGGCUCUUUAAAUCUUAUAAACAAUUGAUCAAAUUAUAUUUCAGACAACGAAACUAUCCAUUGCUACUUGAACGCUUAAAUCAGUUGUUUGAAUUGGUCCCCCAGUUAAGUAAAUCCUAUGUCGAAGAAUCAAUUACUAAAAUGAUUGCAAGAUAUUCUUCAUCCCCAGAUGUAUCAUUCAUUAAUAGCUUUUAUAAUUGCUUACUUAAACAUUCUGAUAGUGACAGAACUUGGUUGAAAAUCAAUACCAACCUUCUUAAUCUUUAUAUUGAAAAUGGUCAUUAUGAAAAAUUCCCGGAGUUGCUUCUGACAAUUUAUGAACGAUUGAAGACAACGUCAGAAUCUACCCAAAAAUCGUUUACACUCGAAGUAAUAGCAGCAGAGAUUGAAUAUUUAUCACGAACAAAGAACCAUAAUCUACUGCGUAUGAGUCAAUUAUACAGAAAAAGUCUUCAGAUUACUACUGCUGUGACACACCCAAAAAUAUUGGGAACAAUCCGAGAAUGUGGAGCAAAAGUACAAUUCUAUCGUGGGAACUUUGAGAAGGCAAGGUUGGAGUUUUAUGAAAGUUUCAAGAAUUAUGAUGAAGCUGGAUCUCCAUUGAAAAAGCAAAUCUUAAAGUAUCUUGCUUUAUGUUCGUUAUUAACAGAGAAUGAAUUUGAUCCUUUUGAUACUCAAGAAACUCAAACAUAUGCUCAGAUGUCCGAAUUCGCUAAUUUAUUGUUAUUGAUCGACGAGUACCACUCCAUGAAUUUAACAGAAUUUAACAGGGUUCUUAAGUUAAUAAGUUCAGGUGAAGAUCCGUUAUCCAAUGAUGAUAUUUUUAAACACGCGUCAAAACAAAUCUUGUCGAAUUUAAGGUCUAAGGCAUUGAUUAGUUACAUUAAUUCUUAUAAGUCCAUAAAACUACAGUUUUUAAGUGAAAGAUUACAAUUAGAUGACAACGAACUAGAAUUGUUAAUAUUAAAAUUGGUUAAUUCUGGAAGAUUAACAGACAUAAGAAUUGACUUCACCAACAAGAUUGUCUAUACCCAAAAAUCGACCACUCAACUAAUUCCAGCAUCAUUGACUGCAAAUGACAUUUUCUAUAAUAUCAGAGCCUUGGAUGUCAUGAAUUUAGAUGCGACUCAAUCAAAAAGCUUAAUAUUGAAUGCCGAGGAUCGAAUGGAUCUUGAUAAUGGCACAAAACCGGCAAUUACAGGUGUUUUCUUUUCAAAUAUGGCAAGUCAAGAUCUUACGUCUAAACCAUUAAGUUUAUUGCAUAAGCUAUUCUUCUCAAUUGAUAGACCUUCGCAGGACAAGGAUUGGUUCCCCGUCAUAGAAUCAUGGUAUUCGUUUAUGAUAUCGGCAAUCCCACCCUCUAUUAAAGGAGAAGUAAGUCAAAUGGAUCAAAUAUAUUCUGAACAAAGAGCCGAAAAUGCAUUGAAUACGUCGGUGAAUAAACCAAACGACUUGGCUAAUAUUAAUACGAAAGGUGGAUUAUUGAAUUCUGCAAUUAACCCAGAAGAAAACGAAGCUGAUAACGACGAACCAGGAGUAAUUGAACAAGUUCACAAAACUGAUAUCUUAGGAGCGUGGUAUAAUCAAGCUAGAACUUAUUAUGAUAGUUUAGUUACAAAAUAA